GGGGGGCUGUGAGGACGUGUUUCGAGGAAGCCAGAGCCGGGACUGGCGCGGCCGGCGAAAUGGAGCCGCUGUACCAGCAAACGCACAAGCAGGUCCACGAGGUCCAGUCUCGCAUGGGAUGCCUGGAGACGGCAGACAAGCAGUCUCUGCCCUUAGUAGAAAACGAAAUCCAAGCAAGCAUAGACCAGAUAUUCAGUCAGCUAGAACGUCUGGAGAUUUUGUCCAGCAAGGAGCCCCCUAACAAAAGGCAGAAUGCGAAACUUCGUGUUGACCAGUUAAAGUAUGAUGUCCAGCACCUGCAGACUGCUCUGAGAAACUUCCAGCAUCGGCGCCAUGCAAGGGAGCAGCAGGAGAGACAGCGAGAGGAGCUUCUGUCUCGUACCUUCACCACUAAUGACUCUGAAACCACCAUACCAAUGGAUGAAUCCCUGCAGUUUAACUCCUCCCUCCAGAAAGUUCACCACGGCAUGGAUGACCUCAUUGGAGGCGGGCACAGUAUUCUGGAGGGACUGAGGGCCCAGAGACUGACUUUGAAGGGGACUCAGAAGAAGAUCCUUGACAUUGCCAACAUGCUGGGCUUGUCCAACACAGUGAUGCGGCUCAUUGAAAAGCGGGCUUUCCAGGACAAGUACUUUAUGAUUGGUGGGAUGCUGCUUACCUGUGUGGUCAUGUUCCUCGUGGUGCAGUACCUGACAUGAGCCAGCCAAGCCCAGCAGCUGAACAGCGUUCCCGCUGUGUGCAAGGGUGUGUGAGUGUGUGUACAUGGAAGAGAGGGGGGCUCAUAGGCCACCUUUUGAAAUGUGUGCCUGUCUUAACUGUGAAGACACUUGGGAGUGAUUGUGAUCUAGAUUCAAACAUGCUCUGUUUUCUGUGACAUCUUGGAGGGGGAAUUAGGGCCACCAAGAUGCGUGGUGCUUAGGAAAUGAAAGAAGUCCCUAUUCUCUCUCUCUCGCUCUCACCCUCACUGGGGAAGGGAAAGAAUGGCUUUGGUGGCUUUGUCCACAGAGCUGGUGUGUAUCCGGGGAAGGCUUCGACACUGAGCCUUGUAUGCAGGACUCUCCACACUUCCACACCUUGUCAUCAUCUGGCCUUUCUGGCUCCUAAUGGAUAGGCUGUAGCAAAAGCAUGAAGGAGAAGAAAGAGGCCUUCUUCUCCUGCAGCCAUUAUAGUAGAUUGAUUCAUAUGCUUUGCUCCUGGCCACCUCCCCUGCCACCCCAAAUGACAUGUAGAUGACUAACUGCUAAUACUCAUCACCCUUCCCUGGGAGCAGCUACCUAGGGGAAACGAGGCAUUGAAGCUAUUGCUGAUAACAAGUAAGAUUUUCCACAUUAUAUUUGUUGGGUGUUCCUCCUCUCUAAAGUGAGGCCAGUGUUAUUCCCUGGGAGGGUUCGGCCUUGAGACUGAAGACUCUAAUCACUGAUUUUUUUCUAGUCCUUCAUAGACUGGUUGGCUUUUAAGGUUCAAAGACUGCAGCUUGGUACCUGUGCCGGGCUUUGGUGGGCCUUUGCCCUUUAGAAAGUAGCUGUGAGCAAAGGUUAGUGAUUUGUCAAUUACAGUCUCAUCUCUGGUUUUAGCAUCUCUUAAUUCUUUGACUCUCUUCUCUUCCUUGAAAUAUAUUAGCACCUGCCAUCUAAGCCCCCAUUCUGCCAAGCCAGUAUAGGCAGAUACCACCCUGGAGACAUCCCUGUAUGUUUGUCCUUGUAACACUCUGUUUUCAGGGACCACAACCUUUUUCCUUCUCUGACCGGCCCUGGAUGAAGGCUGUACCAAUAUCCAGUAUAUUGUGAAAUUUAUUAUAAAGCCAGUCUGUCUUGAAGUCUAUCUGAUGUAAUUACAUGGUGAAAGUACCAGAAGGACCUGGUUAGUAUAUUUUCUCAUUUAUCACAUGCCUUGCCAGCCUUGCCAGCUGUGGGCAGAGUAGCCUUAUGGCAAGACAUAAAAUAACCCUCAGAAUUCCCCAGAGGAACUGGAAAUCAGUCAGUAUUAACCCCACCUUUGAUUGCCUUGCCCCACCUACUUCCUGUCUUUGUCUCUUGAACUAUCUUCUAAUUUCCCAUCUUUUCUGUAUGUGUUCCAUUUCACAUCUCUUAUUCCCCUCCCACCUGUUUCUAUAGCCAUAUUGGUCUCUUCAGACACAUCUGUGACAUAUCUCCCCUUUUGGUGAAUUUUUUUACUUGGCACAGAUAGUUAACAUGAGUUUCCUGGGUACUAACUUCACACUUUUGGUCAGAUAGGAUCUCCAUUGCUCCUACCCCUCUGGUCCAAACAGGGGCCCUAGAUUUCCAUGGAAGGAGGAAUCUGUGAUCCCUUCUGCAAAGGGUUGAGGGCCCUGCCAGAGUGAAAACAGUAGCCUGGAGGGUGCAGAGGGUUGCAGCACCUUCAAACCUAGAUCUAACUUUGGGGUGGCAUAGUUUGAAAUUUUCAUCGCAUCAGUACCCCUGAUCUCCCAAGGCCUACGCACAGGGCUCUUGGCAGUCCAUAAAAUAGAUUUUUGGACCACACAGACCUGGCUGUCCUGUCCUCUGGGUACCCAAGGAUCCUGCCAGACAGCACACUUUGGAGGAAGGUAUGCAAGGAGCAGCUGAGCCAUUUGGAUUUGAACUCUGUGAGGCAGAAACCAUACCUCCCAACCCCUCCCUGCAUUGGCUGAUACGACGUCUUUGCAAUGCAUACCUGCGCAUUUCCACACUUUAUAGCAAUCAUUGGCCUCGAUGAGUUUUCAUGCUGUACCUUGAGAGCCAGUUUCCCUUCUUUGGGAUAAAAAUCGUGAAGGUAGUUUGUGGGUGUCUACCACCUGGGGCUGCGGAACAGCAGCCAGGGUGUCUGGAGGCCCAGGGGCACCGAGCCCAUGUCGUCAUGGGACCACCUUCCUUCACACUUUCAGUGUCCUGUGAGAAACACACCUUGGUCUAACUGGGAACAACUGUCUCCACAGCCUCCAGUGUAGGGAAGGGUCCCAGGCCAGGGAAGGAGCACCCUCUAGUGGAGUCGGGGGUGAACUCUUGGGUUGAGCUGGUGCAAGAAACCCCAGUAGCCGGCCUCUGCCACCUUGUACAGGAGUUUGGUGUGCCUAUUGUGGUGUAAAACAGGUGGGUUGUCAGGAGGGACUUGGGAAUAUCUUUAUUACAUGGACAUUUACUCGAAGUAUGACCACAUUAAGAAGCCAAACUCAAAGACCAAGUAAGUAGAAGAGUCUUGAUUUUAUAGAAGACAUCACUGUUGGGUUUUGUCCUAUGUCAUUUGCCCUAGUGAAUUUAAGUGGGUUUGAUUUGCAAAUUUGGAUUUACACCCAUUGUUUUUAAAGCACAUCAGUCGAAUAAAGCUGAGAUUUAUUUUAUUUAGAAAA